AUGACUAAAGUUUCGUCGUUUAUAUUGAAAAAAUUUAGGAGAAUUAAUCAAUAUGCAAGGUUCUUUUCUAAUUAUACAGUACAUCAUAACGAAAAACGAGGCCUCUUCUAUGUAAAACUGGAUGACAAUUCAAGGGCUGUGCUGCAAUACAGAGCAGAAGGAAAGGUUCUGGAUAUGCAAGCAAUUAAUGUACCAUACAGAUACACAGGGCAGGGUAUAGCACGGCUAUUAGCAGAGACAGCGUUUACAUAUGCCGUACUAAAUUAUUACUAUAUGUUUUUAUCUUGCGAGUACAUGCAAAAGUAUUAUCUUGCAAUUAAGAAUCCUGAUCUCGAAGAUCGUAUUGUUGGACCACCGAAUAUAUUGGAAGGACUCGACUCGGAACCUUUAGAUCCCAAUAUUAUUUACGAGCUACCAGAUCCUGAAGAUUUUUUGAUAUAUUCUAUUGAAUAA